UCCACGGGUGAUAUUUUGAAUCUGACUUGGGAGCCAUACUGGAUAUCCGGUUUAGUUUUUUCUGUUGCGUUGGUCCCGGGAACCUCAUUGUGUCCCGUUGUGAUUAUCUAUCGAAUUAUCAAUAAGAUUUUUGCAUGUGAUCCAUAGAAAAUUUCAGUGAUAUUGCGGCAUUUAUUUAAAACAAAAUGGCUAUCAACGUGUAUUCAACAAAUGUAACCUCAGAUAAUCUCAGUAGGCAUGACAUGCUGGCCUGGGUGAAUGACACCUUGUCUGCAAGCUUUGGAAAAAUUGAAGAACUUUGCACGGGAGCAGCGUACUGCCAAUUCAUGGACAUGCUUUUUCCAGGAUCCGUUAUUUUGAAGAGAGUCAAGUUCCGAACAAAUUUAGAGCAUGAAUACAUACAAAAUUUCAAAAUACUUCAAGCAGCAUUCAAAAAAGUUGGUGUAGAUAAGAUUGUUCCCAUAGAUAAACUCGUUAAAGGCCGCUUCCAAGAUAACUUCGAGUUCUUGCAGUGGUUUAAGAAAUUUUUCGAUGUCAAUUAUGCCCUGACUGAGUACGAUGCUCUUGCAGCUCGUGGCGGUGAAGGUAUGGGUGCAGGAGGUUCCAGCGCCAGAAACAUAGCCAAAAGAGAACCCCCAAAAACAAAUUACGGAACUAAAGCUCCCUCUAUAGCCUCUCGAAAUGGUAGCACAAACAGAAGUUUAGGUUCUGAAGGAAUUCGAAAAUCAAAAGAAACUUUAAACCCUGUUAGGAGGUCUGAUGGACUAGUUCCAAGAGCUCAACCAAGAUCAGUAAACCCAGCUGCAAGACCAGGAGUAGGUCGAGGAGAUAGCGGUAAAAUUGAAGAACUAAAUAAUCAAAUGAUGGAAUUAAAAAUAACAGUAGAUGGACUAGAAAAAGAAAGAGAUUUUUAUUUCGGGAAACUGAGGGAUAUAGAAGUACUGUGUCAAGAACAAGAAGGAGAGUCGCCAGUGUUACAAAAAAUUUUAGAUAUUCUUUAUGCUACAGAGGAUGGAUUUGCACCCCCAGAGCAAGUUGAAGGGAACGGCGAACAAGAAGAUUAUUGAAACAACUACUUAUUAAUCAACUGAAACGAAAGUUUUGUAUUUACUAAUUUAUAUUUAUUUAUACUCUUACUUAAUUUAUGUCGGGAACAAGCCAUUUCUAGCUGGAAGUGCAUGUGUUCCGCCUUAUCAUAUUUAUAUUUUUCUUCCUUUUCCCAUUUUUGCUACCUACCUGUAUUCUCUUCGCUCUUUUGCCGCCUUACCCUUUGUAACUUUUAGUUAUUGUUUUCUCCCAAAGUGAAAGAAACUAAUCUUUAAUCAAAGUUAGCAUUACUUGUCGGUUACUUUUUUCCGCAAAAUUUGUUAAUGAUCAUUUCUUUUAAAUAAAAAGCGAGCAAAUGACAAUAUCACGACUUUCAUUACUUACACAAUUUCUUAGAAAAUAAUUUCUAUUUUCAAGGUGACAAGUCUUUCAGGCAUGGCAAGUAUUAGAUUUCACCAAAAAGAAAAGUUGCAAGGGAAAAAUUACCUAAGAAAUACAGUACCUCAUGUUUGUUCAAUCUCAAAGAUGUCUCCAAAACUGGUAAUGUUUCAUAAAUUACUUGAUUGUAAUGGAUGUAAAUCAUUACAAAUUUAUCUGAAUUCCAUAAUUAUAGUACGGACUAUUGAGGCACUUGAAUUUAUCACCAAAACCUUCCAGUGCUGCUCUGAAUUCUUUUUACAAUCAUUUUCUUUGACUAUCCAAAUGAAUGUUUGUACAUAUUGAAACUUUUCAAUUGAAACCUGCACCAAAAUUUUCCUUCAAACCAAUGUAACUGCAUGUUGUUUUGAAUAUAUCAGCGGUGGAAUUCCUAAACCACAAAUCUUAGUUUGCCAUGUUGCAGAAAUCCUGUCAUACUUUAUUCCUCAAAUGGAAAACUUCUCAACAUCAAAUCUUGAAACCUUCCGUGAUAUUUGUUUUUUAUGUGAAAACUUUAAGGAAGGGUGUUGAUUUGUUCUUGUUUAAAAAAUUUAAAGGGGAGCGGAAAUUUUAAAACACUGCAAAGGAGAUAAGUGGUUCGGGAGUUUCACCGUUGAUAUUGUUGAAACACAUCUUAGUUGAAUCAAUUAUGUGGGUAUUUUAAGCUCCGUAAGCAGUGAAUACUGCUGUGUGGAAUUUUUCUCGCAGUAACGGACCCUUGAUCAACGAUUUAAUAGUAUAGUCAGCGGUUUUCCCCUUUAUUUUAGUUUAUUAGAUAAAAAGUGUUAGUUUGUAAAAAAUCGAAGAGAUAAGAGCAUUUUCUCUUUUUUAAGGGAAUUCAUUGUUUUUAUACAGUAGACUACAUUGGCUAUGUGGCAAAGCAACUUCAAUCGAGACAGAAUUACUGAUUCUGAAUAAUAAUUAUUCAGUUGAAGCAGAAUCAUAUUCAAUAAGUGAUCAAUGACUGAACCAAGAAAAUAUCCAUCUUGCCUACCAUGUUUUAAAAUUUCCUCUCCUAUUUUCAUUGCCAGAAUUCCUCACAGUUUCUCCUGUUAGGAAAGAAAAUCGCUGAAGAUUCCAAAGAAUGACGUCUAUUGAUUUUUCCGUCAAAAAUGAAGUAUGAAAGGAAAUUAGGUACGUUUCAGUCAAGACUUGUGUUUAUAGAGUUGAACCAUCACCUGUUUUUAAAUAUUUUUAUUCAUUGAUUAGUUAGUUCACACAAUUAAGUCAAAAGUAGUAUGUUACGGUUUGUUUAUAGGACUUUGAAAGAACGAAUUGCUGACCAGCAGGGUGUCACUUGGUAAUCUGAUCCCUGAUUAUUGUUAAAAGCAAAUCCUUUGAGGUGAUUCUUCAAGUGAAGUGGUCGAACUGGCAUGCUAUGUACCGCAUCGAUUAGGUGAAAAAUCUGUCGAGAUUUUUGACCUAAAAGAUGCGAUUUAUCGCAUGCCAGUUCGACCACUUCUUUUGAGCUUGACGAAUCACCUUAAAAAAGAAAGGAAAGUGGAAACAGGUCUGAUUCCUUCUGAUCAGUGCAAGACAAGUAUCACUUAUCUAGAGUAUUUAUUCGUGCAUUGCAUGACAGUUAUGCCCAUUCUGAAUACUACUGUUUGAAGCCCGGCCGAUACAGUCUAUUGCUUGUUGAUAAAUGAAUAAUUAAAAAGAUAUUUUUGAUGUCGAGUUGAACAGGUUGUCAACUUUAUAUAUUUUAUUAUUGUCAAGUCCGAAACUAUUUAAUAGUAGCAGCGGAAGCAUUGAUGCGCAAACUUUUAUGUAAAUAGUCAACUGUUUUAAUUAUCUGUACUUUACAGUUUGUAAUUUAAAAUUUUAUAAUAUUUAUUUAUUAUUUUUUACUUUUGUUAAUGUCUAAGAGCAAAAAUGGAGGAGAGUAAUAAUAAAGAGUGAAAUGAUUCAAUUUAA